CCUCGGGUCAUUCCUACGGUGAUAUCUCGUGAUGACAUCAUCGUGUGCGUGAAAUUCGAAAGGCGCAGGACCAUUGCCACUUUGAAGAAAAUCAACUACCGGUACAGAAGUUACUCACUCAAAAACAUGUCAACAAAUACAUUCCAAGGUCGCGAUAAUGAAAGGAAUUCUUCCAGGGUAUUGAAACCCCCUGGUGGUGGAUCAAGUGAUCUUUUCGGAACGGGGUCAUCACAAACUGCUGCAGAGUCUGCAAACCAGUCAAAGUCCAAACAAACAUCUUCCAACAUAUUUGGUGACCCCUAUGAUCCUGUUCGUGAUGUGAGAAGGAGUGACGUAAAAGCAGCAACAGAACAUGAACAAAAGAAACAAGACCUAGGACAAUUUGAAACCCCAGCAUAUGUUAAAGCCGAGAAACCACAAGAAGAUACCCAGUCCAAGUUGUUCGGUGAUCAUUCAAAUCAGUCACGCCGUACUGGAAAAGGACAAGGUGAAGAGUUUCCAGUCUAUGACCGCUCUGUAUAUGCAGCUCAGAUGUUUCACCAGAAAACCAACGCUCAAAGAGCCUCCUCCUAUAACCCCAUCACGGGGGAGACAUAUACUGGUUCGGAAGAAGUAGACGAACAGCCUGCCCACGGUAAAAGGAAAGGAGGACAAAACCUAGGUGCCUACAAUCCAAUCACUGGAGAGGAAUACAGAGAAAUUCAAGUGCAGGAGGCUGCUAGUAAUGGUGAUGGUCCUCAGAAGGUCCGCAAUAGCUCAAAGGUGCUGGCCCCACCAGGCGGCAAGUCCAGUGGAAUCUUCUAGGCCUGAGGCCUCAACCAGGACAUCAGGGUUACUUUGACAACGGGAUGGAACAGCAGAGGAUCGCACUGAUGGCCAACUCCGAUGUGCUGGUAUACCCUAACCUUAAAACUGGAUGUAAACUUUCUCUCGUAGCAUUGUAAUAAUGCAAAGUGCUUUAGGUAAUGUCAAAAAAACUUGAUGUGUACAUAAUUAUUUGAAUUUCUUUAUAAAGGAAAAUAUAACAAAAAUAAUUGGAAUUUUGAAAGUUCAGCUUUUUGCAAGAUGUUUAUGUAUAUGGAAAAUAUUAGAUCUAAUGCAUGGAUUCAUUAUUUUGAUUUGUAUUUUUGUGAUAUUUAUAUUUUGGGGGGAAAUUGCAUUUAUUCAAUUUACUCUGGUCAUUUAUGAGUUCAAAUUGUUAAAGAUUUAAAAGGUGAUACUGACUAUUUUUUCUUGUUCAUUUAUGAUAAUAUAUAUUGACCAUUGGUAUGGCAUGUGUUCUUACUGCCAAGUUUUGCUUCAUUUCUCAUCUGUUAUAUUUUCCCUAUAAAAUAGUCUCAAAAUGCCAUGAUAAUUGCUGCACUUAGUUUUCCCAGCUUUUCAAACAUUGGCAAGAUCAACAUUUUAUAGACAAUAUCAAAUGUUGUCUCCCUUUAGGUAAUGGUAACAAAUCUGCAUGCUUUUUCAUAGAUCUAGACAUAUCAUAAUUUUAUUUUUACAUCUUACUCCUCCUGUAUCCUGUAACUUAACUACACCUUAUACUGGUCAAUAUAUCUGUGACGACUAAUGUGUUAUUUGUUAUGUAUUUAAGUGUUAUGUACCCUUCUCUGCCCACAAGAGCUGUUGACUUGUGUAAUAAAGACAUGGCCUUGUGAUCUGAUAAACAGUGACAAAGCACUGGUACAUGUGACAAAUGUUCCAUGAUGAUAUAUGUGUAAAUAGACCUGUGGCAGAAUCGACUUCCAUGAACAAAGGGAGAUAAAUCUUGGUUCAAGAACAGUAUUUAAUUCCAAGGUUAUCCUAGACAUUACACAUGUCACUCCUAAAUGCAAAAAAAAAAGAGGAAAAAAAUUCACCCUUUACUGUCUUCCGUCUUGUGAAAUGAGAUUAAAGGAGUUUGAGUUAAUCCGAGUGUAGGACACUAUGAGGUUUGUUUGUUUUUUGUGUUAAAAAAAAUCAUUCUUGUGUUGUACAUGACAUAGAAUUCAAUUUUUCCCCAUCAUGGUUGGAUAUUUUUGCUUGUUUUUGAAGCGUAGAUGGUAUCUCAUUCACAACUACUUACUCUGUAUUGUUGCAGCUGUUCUAUAUUUUGACCAGAUAAUGUUUUUUUGAAUCCUCAAUAUGAAAAUGGUUGUCCUUGUUUAUGCUUUACAUGAUAAGUCUAUGCAAUAGGCAUUACUUAUAUAUACAUAGGUCAGAAACUUGAUGACAAAUGUUAAGUGUUCAGAUUUCAUUUUAUUUCUUUUACAAAAUACAGACCAAGAUUUUUUUUGUGUUUUUUGUUUAAUUUUGACCCUAAAGAUGUUUUCGUUAUACAUGUACAUGUAUUUGUGUAUACAUUUUGACCCUAAAUGAAGCCUCAUUUUAUACAUGCAAUAAAAGCAUUUCAAAAUUUGAGAGAGAAUUCGUGGAAGAUAUGCAGUGCUGUCUUGUCUGUCAUAUUCUGAAUUCACUAGAUGUAUACAUGCCUGCUUCUAAUUGAAAAUUGUGUUUAAGAGAUUGGUUGUUAGUUGUAGAAUUUUCGUUGUUAUUCAGACCAAUCAUAAUGAGGUGAAGUUUUAAAGCAGGUUAUUGUCUUGCCAAAGUGAUAACAAUGUGUCGUCCCUGUAAGAACCAAAUUAUACACACUCUAGGGCUUUCCGAGUCUAUCCAUCACAAGACUUUUCAGAUAAAAACAGGCUUUAAGAGUGAAAUAGUUAUUUAAAUGGUGAGCUGUAAUGAUUAUUAUUAUAACACUAUUGAUGUACUUUGUAUGCAACCGAAUCAAUAAUUUUUCAUCAGGCAUUGAAACGGGUACCAUCGUACGUUGUCUGAAAGGUGAUAUAGAUCUGGUAGUUGCAGUAAAUUUGUACUGCUAUAAGAUUCAUGAUGAGCAUACAUGUCACAAAAGAAUGCAUGUUUUCAUUUUUUAAGUAUUUUUGAAUCUAGCUCAUCUUGUCUAAAAUGUGGUGGUUAAAACUGUGAUGUUAUUGAUGAAAGCCUAGGUGUGAUAUAACAAAGUUAUAAUUCGUCUUUUUCGUACUAAUGUGUUGUCAAAGUUGCACUCAAUAAAUUCUAUAUACAAUU